UUUCGUAAUAAGUAUACACAUCGCAAGUUUAAGUGAAAAAUUAGAGGGGCCUGUACGAACCUUGGAUGUUGCCAGCCAGGAGGCACGAUGACCUCCGUCACAUUAUCUUCAAGCUCUGGUCAGUUAAAUGGCGGCUACACCUCUGGGACCGACGAAGCACCUAUUUCGAGAGCCAACCUUGAGUUCGAGGCCACACCAUCACCGGCAAGGAGCAUCAAGAGACCCUAUUCCGUUGCCAUGGCUUCCAGUGAGUCAAAGAAGCGCCGAAAGCAGACUACACCGGUUAGAAUAUACGCAGGGACAGGUACUGGAGCUGCAGUGGGAGAAGCAGAUACUAGUCAAGCCGAGUUAGUCGAAGGUAAGCCGUCGCUCUCACCAGAUCAGGGACCACGCUCUCCGUCUGUCCAUGACCAAACCUCUAUGGAUUGCAAAAAGGAGGUUGAAGAUCAGUACGCGGAGCCUAGACCUGACGUUCCAUGGAUGGGUGAAAUGCAUACCAAGGACUGGAUGAGCGCUAGUUUACCCAACUUACCUUUCACUUCUACAGCUAAUCCCAUGCUAAUGGCGUUACCGCAGUUCCCACAACCGGAUACCUUGCCCAUAAAACCGAUGAGGAUAUUUAAUCCAGAUGCUUAUUGCGAAAUCUGUAGUAAAGAGUUCUGUAAUAAGUAUUUCCUCAAGACGCACAAAGCUAACAAGCAUGGGAUAUAUACGGAAAUAUCUAGCUCCGAGACCUCGCAAACGUCUACCUCUAUAACGAGCGUCAAAUUGCCUAAUAUUGUGCCACCUUUAGAAACGAAACCUGAUCCGAACGUCCUAGCACUUAAUCCGUUUUGUAGUAUAUUCACCAAUUCGUUUUCUACUCAAGCGCCAAUUAAUCUAUGCGAAGCAAAGCUGAAUGAAAGUGCCAUAGUUUCCAAUGGACAAUCAUCUUCGAGCGAAAGUGAAAAAGUCUUUCCGGAGGAGCCACCAAUGGCUGAAUAUACUAGUCCUGGCAACACACAAACCGAAACUACCUCUAAAACAGAAAUCAAACCUUCUUACCAAGAUACAUCGAACAAGCUUCCAGAACAGCAAAUGCGCGAAAUGGACUUGUCGUACCGUUUGAGACGUCUAGGCGUUAUGAAUCCGAAAGCUUUUUGUGAGAUAUGUUGCAAAGAAUACUGCAACAAGUACUUUCUGAGGACACAUAAACUAAAACGACACGGGAUUUACAUUCCGGAAGACAAAGAAAAAGAAAUGGGGUCAGAAGAGACCAACGUUAAUUUCAUGCUUUCCAACAAUAUGCAGACAAGCCCGCUUAAUCUAAUCAUGACUGAACAAAACAGUUCUGACUGCAAAACUACCUCACCAAGUAGCGUAAAUUGUGAUAUUUUUACACAAAACUCUAGUCUAGCUCCUUUCCAAGCAAAAAUAUCAACCAAAGAGGAAACCCCAGAACAAAAGAAAUCCGAGGCCAUCAGUGAAGACUUACAGAAACUACAGACGAUGAUCUUACAACUGAAUGAUCUAGAAGCCAACAAAGCUUCCAGUGCAUGCAAUGUGUGCAACAAAGAAUUCGAAAAUCAAUUUUACCUACACGCGCAUAUGAUGCAAGAUCACAGUUCCUUACUAGAAGAAGCAAAAGAACUAGAAAAAACUAACGAAACAGAUAACAUUAACAACAACACCUUAUGCGAUAUGUGCGGGAAGGAAGUACAAAAUACUGACGAAAUGACCAAACAUAUCCUUGAAUUUCACUCGAACAACCAAUCUACAUCUGAAUCGAUCAAAGAUGAAACUACUUUGUACAACUCGCAAGAGAAGCUACAAACCAAACCUGCGGGUCAGGUUUCUGAGAGAAGAGUGUCGACGAAUGUUACUCCGACAAGUAGUUACUGCGAAAUAUGCAACAAGGAACUGUGUAACAAGUAUUUUAUGAAGACACACAUGCAAAGAAUGCACGGAAUCGAAAUUGAGAACGGAGCUCAAAUCGGUGGUGUUGUCUGUGACAUUUGCAACAAAGAACUAUGCAGCAAAUACUUUCUUAGAGUCCAUAAACACAACACUCAUGGCAUUAUCGAAUAUGGAAGCAACUUGGUUCCUCCAAGGAAGCAUGAAAGCGAUGCUUCAUUGCAACAACAUCCGCCAGCGAUUUCUGAGCCAGAUUCUGCUCUGAAACCUGGUGAUCUGGCAGAUUUGAGUCACAGGUACUUCACAUAUUUUACUGAAGUUUGUACCAUAUGCAGCCGAAGAUUCAGAAGCACUAAAUGGUUGAAAGCUCAUUUGAUAACAGAUCAUGGACAAACGGGUGUCGAGAAGUGGGCCGAGAUAGAAUACCAGCUUCAGCAAAAUCGUGGUAUGACCACACUUAAAGUCGAGGGGUCCAGCCCCAAGCUGAAAAUACCGAAUGGAAAUCAAGAUCCGCAGUCUCAACAGAAACCGGUGAUUCAAAACUUCCUUUCAAGCCUGUUCGCAACAGAUGAAUCAGGCGCUAAAAUUUACCAAUGUUCCUACUGUCCUUUCGCAACACCUUUGUUGCCGUUACUUUUUGUACAUGAAAGAUCGCAUUCAUUCAAUAUGGAUGAGAUGCCAGCAACUUGUCCCGCUUGUCCACAAACAUUCCCAGAAAGAGAGCUGCUGCAACGCCAUAUUAUAACCCAACAUCCUAUGCUACUACCCUCCAUGGUGAAAGAAGAGGAUGAUGAUACUGAGAAAGAAAUCAAAGCAAAGAAACAGGCUCCAGCGAAGGUGAAGCAAGUUGAGCUAUCGUCAGAGAUUGGACAAUCAUUGAGAGAUGUGGCAAAGAGGAUGCAAUGGCCUGCCACGUAUGCCAUACCGCAGAACCAAAGGGAUAUAUCGCAGGACCAAGAGGAUCCAGCUUCACUUCCGAAGAAACCUGGGUAUGUGAUGCAAGCUUUCCUUUUGGAAGAAUCUACCUCAGAACGCCGGGUGAUGCCAUCCGUGGUGUUUUUGCCCAUGAUCCAAAAACAACCGGCUCCCAUCACAGUCACUUUUACAUUGACCCCGGCCUAACAAAACUCUCACGUAGUUUGCAUAUAUGUGUUAUAUUUUUUUAACAAACAAUCGAUGGCGAUUCCACGACACCUGUGAUUUUUUAUUUAAUUUAAUAUUAACGUUUAAUUAAUGUAUAAUCCUUCAGUACAUAUAGUUUAUCAGACGAGCUCGUCUCAUAAUCCAGCCUUAAGACAUUUCAAAUUUUACAAAACAUACUGAGAAUGUGAAAAAAUCAGGACUGAGGUUAAUAUCACUAUACACGGUGGUCCGGUGAUCAAUGCGCAAAAAUAUAAUCCUAGAAUAAUCUCGUGGAAUCAAUUUAUUAUAUUUAGCCAAAUAUACGUACAUACAUUAGUAAAAUGUUACUUGAUGAGAUACUGGCUGUGGAAGUUUGAUUUUCGAAAUCCUCAAUUCUCUACAGCUCUAGCGAUUUUUUGAUAUGAGCAUGCAGUAUGUGAAUGUUCAGAAUGUUCAAUGUCGACAUCACAAAAACAGCUUAAGGUGUUCACGUCCCUUUUUCAGUUUUUUUUCAACUACCUAUUUGCAAC